AUGGCUGCCAUAGUGAUUGGAAGAGAGGGAGGAAAUCCGGAGGGUUUAUUUUCAGUAAAGGUGGUGGCGGCUGCAGUAGGCAGCGCUAUUGCUGUUAGGGUUUCCGGCUGGAUAGAAGAUUUGGCAGCCAUGAAUUAUGGAGGAGCUGAUUUGGCUUUGAUACCAAAUCAAACUUGUAUUGGUGUCUUGGUGGAAAAAGAUUUUGACAUCAGUGAUAGGGCAGGUGGAGUUAUGAAAGCAAUUGUGACAACUUAUACGGUAAACGUUACAACUAGUUUGGAAAUCCGUCUCUAUUGGGCUGGAAAAGGAACAACCAAUAUACCAUCUCGAGGAGUAUAUGGUCCUCUCAUUUCAGCUAUAUCUGUGGAUCCAAAUUUCAAAUUGCCAGAAAAUGAGAAAGGUGUGUCCAGACGGAUUGUGGCUGUAAUUUUGGUUGGAGCAGUUUGUGCCAUCAUCCUAAUUUUAGGAAUUUUAUGGUGGUGUGGUUAUUUAUGUCCCACACAUGCUAUGGAACUAGAGCUGCAUGGUCUAGAGCUCAACAUUGGUUCCUUUACUUUGAGGCAAAUCAAAACUGCCACAAACAAUUUUGAUGUUGCUAAUAAGAUUGGAGAAGGUGGUUUUGGCUCGGUUUACAAGGGAGUAUUACCAAGUGGCACCUUAAUAGCAGUUAAACAACUUUCCUCCAAAUCGAAGCAAGGAAAUAGAGAGUUCUUGAAUGAACUAGGCAUGAUAUCUGCUUUGCAACACCCGCAUCUUGUGAAGCUCUAUGGUUAUUGUAUUGAAGGAAACCAAUUGUUACUAGCAUAUGAAUACAUGGAAAAUAAUAGUCUAGCCCGUGCUUUGUUCGGGCCAAAAGAAUGGCAAUUGGAACUUGAUUGGCCUACAAGAUACAGAAUUUGCAUUGGUAUAGCGAGAGGAUUGGCCUUUCUACAUGAAGAAUCAAGAUUGAAGAUUGUUCAUAGAGAUAUCAAAGCCACUAAUGUGCUCCUUGAUAAGGAUUUAAAUGCAAAAAUUUCUGAUUUCGGUUUGAAACAUAGAUGAAAUGUUCUUUCCAUUACAAAUUUCAGUGGAUAUAUGGCUCCCGAAUACGCAAUGCGUGGUUAUCUAACAGAUAAAGCAGAUGUCUAUAGCUAUGGAAUUGUCCUCUUAGAGAUAGUAAGUGGGAUGGCUAACGUUGCUGACAGGGAAAACGAGAAUCAGUUUGUUCUUCUUGAACGGGCAUUUGCUUUGAAAGCCGCGGGUAAUUUGAUGGAUCUAGUUGAUCCAAAGCUGGGUUCAGAAUAUGACAUCCAAGAGAUGAUGGUUGUUAUCAGUUUGGCUCUAGUGUGCACUACAAUCACUCCAACCGAUAGACCAACAAUGUCAUCAGUGGUUAGCAUGCUAGAAGGACGAAUCGUUCCUGAAGUGUAUCCUGCUGAACAAAGUGACUCAAUUACUGAAAUGGAUAGUGACAAAAGGGUGAAGGAACUUGAGGACCAGAAUGUUAACCAAAUAGAGGAAAUGCCAUUCGCGUGCACCGAUUCCUCAACAUCUGCCUUUGAUCUCUACCCAGAUGAUGGUUUCAGUGAGUAUUUGCAGAAGAGGGAUAGUUAUAUAAGGAAGUUGUUAUCUAAAUGAUGUAUAUGCUAAUUGUUUGAUAUCUACUCGGAGUUGUUAUCUAAAUGAUGU